ACAAAAAAGAAAGGCAUCAAGUUAGCACCUGGGGAUGGAAAGUGCCUUAGCAUGUUAAUUUCUUAAUGGCAAAAACAAAAAGAAUGUUGUGGCAAAAGAGAGUUGGGAAUUAGCUUUACGCAGAAAGUAGAAUGGAAGGUUCAAUCAGCUUCUAGGUUGUUGCAUCCCCAGUUCUCACACAUUUGUUAAAAUGGUGGGAAGUCUUAGAUUUUCAUCAAUGAUGUUAAUUUCUAUUAUAUUAUCUGUCAAAAGCUCAUUUAUGCAUGAGCAUGAACUACUCUUUGAGUUUGAUGAUUGUCAAGCUUAGUUGGAAAGCAUUGUAGCCCAUAUUGCAGGACAAGAAUCACCUGGAACUACAUAAAAAAUUUAGCCACUCCACCAACUUGACAGAGAAAUUUAUGUUUGACCAAUUUGAUGGAUUCUGAGAGGAAUCUUAGCAUGAUGAAAAAUUGUGCUCAUUUUAGUUCUUUAAUGCAACAGAGAAUGAAGCUUUCUUCAACCUCUGAAUCGCUUGAUCACAUUCAUAUGAACUGGACUAUCCAUACUUCUGUCUCUGGAUUAUGGUUCACGGGUUUGAAAGAUUGAAGUUGAACUUCUUCAUAUCAUCUUCUUUAGACAUAAAAUUUUUUGUAUUAUAAUGAUGAUAAAGCCAUGUAAUGUAUACAUCAAGUGCCUGUAAGCUACAUACUACACAAUGGAUUUUCUUGUUAAUAAUUUUUUGUUUUAUUUAUUCUAUUGUGAUAAAUUCUAUUUGAUCCUCUGAAGUCCCAAAAAUUUUGAUAUUAGGGUUUUUAGUUUUUUAAAAGAGAGAAGUAUUCAUGAAUGAAGUUGGGUUUUAUUAAGAGAUGAACACCAAUCUGUGUUAAAUUUGCAAACCCUCUAGUCUACGCUUUGACAAAUUCUGCCAAAUGGCCAUCAGACUACUCUCCAAAACAAACCCUCUGCGCCCACUCCUUUUCCUCUCUUGCCCAAUCUCUUCUCAACCCCACCACCACUUAAACCCAUCAUCAUCAGACCUUGUAAACGAGAUCUCUCGUGUCCUCAGUGACCACAGAAACCCCCACGAUGACUUGGAGCUUUCUCUCAGCGCAUUCUCUUCAAGAAUAUCCAUAAACUUGGUCGAACAAGUCUUGAAGAGGUGCAAAAAUCUCGGGUUCUCCGCUCACAGAUUCUUUCUUUGGGCUAAAACAACUCCGGGUUUUCAACCCAGUGUUGAAAGCCACCACAUUUUGAUUGACAUCUUGGGAAGUAGUAAACAGUUUGCUAUUUUAUGGGAUUUCUUGAUAGAGAUUAGGGAAACUCAGUCUUGUGAAAUUAACCCACAAAUAUUUUGGCUUGUUUUUAGAGCUUAUGCUAAAGCUAAUUUACCUAAUGAUGCAAUAAGGGCUUUUAAUAGAAUGGUAGAGUUUGGUAUUCAGCGUAGUAUCCAUGAUCUUGAUCAUCUACUGUACGUGUUAUGUAAAAGAAAGCAUGUGAAGUAUGCCCAUCAAUUUUUUGACAAAGUUAAGGUUGAAUUCAAGCCAAGCGUGAAAACUUACAGCAUUUUGAUCAGAGGCUGGGGUGACAUUGGCGAAUCUGGCGAAGCCCGUAAGCUGUUCGAUGAAAUGCUCGCUAGAAAAUGUAAUGUGGAUGUUCUUGUGUAUAAUAGCAUUUUAGAAGCAAUGUGUAAAGGUGGGAAUGUUGAUGACGCGUGUAAGAUGUUUAGAGAAAUGCGUUCUGGUGGGAUGGAGCCGGAUGCUUUUAGUUAUUCAAUUUUCAUUCUUGCAUAUAGCGAGACUAAUGAUAUUCAUUCGGUGUUUCGAGUGCUCGAUACAAUGAGGAGAUACAAUCUAGUUCCUAAUGUGUUUACUUAUAAUUGUGUGAUCAAGAAACUUUGCAAGAAUGAAAGGGCGGAUGAGGCUUAUCAACUUUUAGAUGAGAUGAUUGAGAGAGGAGUUCGCCCGGAUGUGUGGAGUUAUAAUGCAAUUCUAGCUUACCAUUGUGAACAUAGUGAGGUUAAUAUGGCUCUCAGGUUGAUUUCUAGAAUGACAAAGGAUAAUUGUAUGCCUGAUCGCCAUACUUAUAACAUGGUGCUCAAAUUGUUGGUAAGGGUAGGGAGAUUCGACAGAGCAACCGAUGUUUGGGAGAGUAUGGAGGGAAGAGGAUUUUACCCUUCUGUUUCAACAUAUUCUGUAAUGGUCCAUGGUUUGUGCAAAAAGAAAGGUAAACUAGAGGGGGCUUGUAAAUACUUUGAGAUGAUGGUUGACGAAGGUUUACCGCCAUAUUCAUCUACAGUUGAGAUGCUGAGGAAUCGCCUGCUGGGGCUUGGAUUUCUUGAUGCUAUUGAGAUACUUGCAGAGAAGAUGGAGAGGAGCUCUUCUUGUUCAAUACAAGAGCUGGCAAAUGCAAUGCGGGGUAACCCUUCAUUUAAGAAAUCAAGAAGUGAAGAAACAGAGCUUGAAAGUGAAUGAGCAAAAGCUUUCUGGAUUGAGACACUAAGAGGGGAAUCUGAUAUAUGGAGCGUGAAGAGAUUGGUGGAGUGGAGGCCUUGCAAAUGGUGGCUUCAAGGACAUUUGACUCUUUUGCCGGUAGAAACCAAUGGAUAUAUUCGUGUGGAUUGCUAUGGUGGCCUCAAUCAAAUGAGAAGAGAUGUGAGUGUAUACUUGGUGUUUUUGAACUUAAGUUUUGGUAUUUCUGUUGUGUAUUCGUGUUUUGUGUUCUACUUUGUGAAAUAGGAACAUUAUUAAUGAUUG